AUGGCUACAAGUGCGUCGCCAAGCAUCAACGUCAACGACCCCGGUCUCAUCACCUUGGUGAACAAGCUUCAAGAUGUCUUCACCACCGUCGGGGUCCAAAACCCCAUCGACCUUCCUCAAAUCGCCGUCGUAGGCUCGCAAUCUAGUGGAAAGAGUUCCGUCUUGGAAAACAUAGUCGGCAGGGACUUCCUGCCCAGAGGAACUGGUAUCGUCACCAGGCGGCCGCUUAUCCUGCAACUCAUCAACCGAGCACCCAUGCCCAAGCAAGAGAAUGGCGCUGCUGCUGAAGCUGUCGAUGGAGCUGCCGACAAGGAGUCCAACGUGGACGAGUGGGGCGAGUUCCUACACAUUCCCGGUCAAAAGUUCUACGACUUCAACAAGAUCCGCGAAGAGAUUGUGCGUGAGACCGAGUCCAAGACCGGUCGCAAUGCUGGCAUCUCGCCUGCCCCCAUCAACCUGCGCAUCUACUCACCGAAUGUCCUAACGCUGACACUGGUCGAUUUGCCUGGCCUCACCAAGGUCCCUGUUGGCGACCAGCCCCGCGAUAUCGAACGCCAGAUCCGCGAAAUGGUCCUCAAGCAGAUCAGCAAACCAAACGCCAUCAUCCUCGCCGUUACCGCUGCCAACACCGAUUUGGCCAACUCGGACGGUCUUAAGCUGGCUCGUGAAGUCGAUCCCGAGGGUCAGCGCACCAUUGGUGUCUUGACCAAGGUUGAUUUGAUGGACGAUGGUACUGAUGUCGUUGACAUCCUUGCUGGUAGAAUCAUCCCUCUACGUCUGGGAUACGUGCCUGUCGUCAACCGUGGUCAGCGUGACAUCGAGAACAAGAAGGCCAUUUCCUACGCUUUGGAGCACGAGCGUGCUUUCUUCGAAAACCACAAGGCUUAUCGCAACAAGAGCAGUUACUGUGGUACACCCUACCUUGCCCGCAAGCUCAAUCUGAUCCUCAUGAUGCACAUCAAGCAGACACUGCCGGAUAUCAAGGCUAGAAUUUCUGCUUCGUUGCAAAAGUACACGGCCGAACUUGGUACUCUCGGAGACUCGAUCCUUGGCAACAGUGCGAAUAUCGUCCUAAACAUCAUCACCGAGUUUUCAAACGAAUACAGAACAGUCCUCGAGGGAAAUAACCAAGAACUUUCUAGCAUCGAACUUUCUGGUGGUGCCAGAAUCUCCUUCGUCUUCCACGAGCUCUACGCCAACGGUGUCAAGGCCGUCGAUCCUUUCGACCAGGUCAAGGACAUUGACAUCCGUACCAUCCUCUACAACUCUUCCGGCUCCUCGCCUGCCCUCUUCGUCGGUACUACCGCCUUUGAGCUCAUCGUCAAGCAACAGAUCAAGAGGCUAGAAGAUCCCAGCUUGAAGUGUGUGUCUCUGGUUCACGACGAAUUGGUUCGCAUUCUGGGCCAGCUCUUGAACAAACCUCUGUUCAGAAGAUACCCCUCACUUAAGGAGAAGCUCUACCAAACCGUCAUCACUUUCUUCAAGAAGUCUAUGGAACCAUCAAACAAGCUGGUCAGAGAUCUCGUUGCCAUGGAGGCUUGUUACGUCAACACUGGCCACCCCGACUUCCUUAACGGUCACAGAGCUAUGGCUAUCGUCAACGAGCGUCGUCAUGCUGCCAGACCUACUCAAGUGGACCCCAAGACCGGCAAGCCUCUACCACCCUCCGCUGUUCCCCCACGCGCUGCAAGCCCCUCGCUUUCUCUUGACGGUAAUGACGCAUCGGGCGGUUUCUUCGGCAGUUUCUUCGCCAGUAAGAACAAGAAGAAGAUGGCUGCCAUGGAGGCACCCCCACCAACACUCAAGGCCAGCGGCACACUUAGUGAGAAGGAGAGCGAAGAGGUCGAAGUCAUCAAGCUCCUCAUCACUAGCUACUUCAACAUUGUGCGCCGCACGAUGAUCGACAUGGUACCCAAGGCCAUCAUGUUGACCCUUGUGCAGUUCUCGAAAGAAGAGAUGCAGCGCGAGCUUCUGGAGCAAAUGUACCGCACACAGGAAUUCGACGAUCUGCUCAAGGAGAGCGACUACACAGUCCGCAGACGCAAGGAGUGCCUGCAGAUGGUCGAGAGCUUGGGCAAGGCAAACGAGAUUGUCAGCCAGGUGCAGUAG